UCUAGACCAGCAACAAGUUAUUAUCGCAACAUGGGCCAAAGAGCAAGCAGCGUCCGGAAGGCCUGGGGCCCGUGAGCCAUUGUGCAGGACACAGGACACUCGGUCACCAUGGGGACAGGCGCCCCGGGCCCCUCCUGGACCGUGUUCCUACUCUCUCUUUCGGUGCUUGGGAUCCGCAGCGAGGGGCCCCUCUUUGGAGAAGCUGUGGCCUCCAGACCUCCUGGAGGCUGCCGACGGUGCUGUGACUCAGUGGACCCCCCAGCCCCUGCCGAUGCUGCAAUGCCGGCGGCCUCCCCAUCUGCCCUGCCUUAUGCCCUGCCUGAGGUCAGGCCCUAUAUUAACAUCACCAUCCUGAAGGGUGACAAAGGGGACCGCGGUCCACUGGGCACACCAGGGAAGCAGGGCAAGGAAGGCCCCCAGGGAGACCGAGGUGUGCAGGGCACCAAGGGCGCCAAGGGCCAGGCGGGCAGUCCGGGCAGCCCGUGCCGGGCUCGCUCCUCCGCCUUCUCGGUGGGCCGUCGGACCGCCCUGCACAGCAGCGAGGGCUUCCAACCGCUGCUCUUUGACACUGUCUUUGUCAACCCGGACGGCCACUUCGACCUGGCUGCCGGCCACUUCACCGCCCCCCUGCAGGGCCUCUACUUCUUCAGCCUCAACGUGCACAGCUGGAACUUCAAGGAGACCUACGCGCACGUGAUGCACAACGAGGUGGCGGCCGUCAUCCUGUACGCACAGCCCAGCGACCGCAGCGUUAUGCAGAGCCAGAGUGUGAUGCUGGCCCUGCUGUCCGGGGACCGCGUCUGGGUCAGGCUCUUCAAGCGGGAGCGGGACAACGCCAUCUACAGCGACGACGUGGACACCUACAUUACCUUCAGCGGCCACCUCAUCAAGCCGGACGAGGACUGAGGCCACCAGUCCCCCCGGGGGACACCCCACCCGCCACCUGCUCCUGAAAGGUGGGUGGGGGGCGGGCACGUGGCCCUGCAGAACCCGACGUGCUAGUUAGGUCCGGCCUCUCUCCAUUCUGAACAGCCACUGCCCCUCCCCGCGGGUGCCUGCCUCUCUCCUCCUGUCUGACAUACCUUGUGAAGAGCCUGUGACGUGCCACCUUCCAGAACUUUCUUUCAGGCCAAUCCUUUGGAACUGGAAUGCGCACCCCACCCCCAAGAUGGGUCCCCCGGGGAUGGUGUUCUGGUGGCGGUUCAUCCCAAGUAACCGGUCUGUGGCCCCACUGGAGUUGCGUGUGCCCUGGGAGUCCUUCCGGGACAGAGAGACUCUUCUGAGUGCUCUAGAAUGCGCCCCACAUGCUCAGAGGCUCUCCUCACUCCAGGGCUCUCCGCCGGUUCUCUGCCCUGCCUGCCUCCUCACCGGCCUUCCUCCAGACCCUGCCUCCUCCGACUCCCCAGUGUGCCCACUGGGCCCGGCCCCCGGGACGCCAAUAUGGGCCCUACCCACUCUGUGUGCACCCAGACCCGCAGGAGGUCCUGAGGGAGCACGGAAGGCAGAUCUGUAUCCUGGGCCUUCAGGUACUGCAUGGCCCCCUUACCAGGUGCUACUUACAGAUGAUGGGACAGGACCCCUUUGUGGCUGUGUGUUACAUGCCAGUGUUCCAGUCCUGACCAAUGCCCAUCCCUAAAGUGACCCCCAGCAGGGCCUGCGGAGAACAGGCGCUUGGGGGCAUCUUAGGGUGAAGGUGACCCCAUGAAUCAAAGCUCAGAUCGUGCCCCACUGCACCCCCCUCCUCCCCAGCUACCACCACGGCUGGCCAAAUAGUUGAAGGACCUCUGCCCUCCUCACGGAAACCUCUUUAGGAGCAGGGGGAAGGAGUGGGGUGCUGUCACCACCUUGUUCAACCCCUUUUCCCAAACACCCCUGACCUCCAAUCUCCCAGGACUCAAAACUGCUCAGGCAUAGAUGUCUGUCCUCUCCAGUGGCCCUCCUCACCCCCAUCAGCCCCAAGCCCCAAAGCUCCGGCUUCAUCACGGUGCUAAAGGCCCUGAUGGGCACCUCCGCCUAGCCAAGCCUCCGGGGGCCAGCAUGACAGCACCCCAGCAGGUCUGGGGAACGAAGCAGUCAGUGGACCAGCUGGCACCAUCAGGGCACCCACCUCUGAGCCACAAUGCCAAAGGAGAGGCCCAGGCGAAUGAAGCAGGGGACAUCUCCCCGUCCCCUAGCCCUGAGUCCCACCCUUAGUCCUAGCAGCCUCAGGUGACCCCAUCCUGCAGGCCAAGGUGGCCUGUGGAGCCUGGAAGGGGAGCUGGGGUGGCCGGUGGGCCCCCAGCCCUCCUACCCCCACCCCACAGCUUGACCCCUCCCCCAAGGGAAGUGGCCUCUUGUGUCCUUGGUGCUCAGGCAAGCGCUGAGGCCUGGGUGGCCCUGGCAGUUGUCUCUGGUGCUCAUCCCUCCCCCACCUCACCCACCAGCCUCCCGGGAGCCAAGGCUACGUGGCAGGGUGACGGGAGCUCCCAGUAGCAGGGCCUGACCCUGUGCUGCAGGGCCCAUCCCACAAGCCCCAGCCCCGCCACCCCUGCCCUGCUUCUGCUGUUGAUUAAAGGCUACUGCAUCUUCCUUGCA